AUGCCGCAGCGUGCUGGCCUUUGCACCGUCUCUUUUGGUCCGUACCACCAUGGGAAACCGGCGUUGCAGAUGCUUGAGGAGCACAAGUGGAGAUACCUCCCUGCUAUGCUGGACCGAAUCCAUCCGCAUGGCAUCGGGCUCGAGGAUCUCAUCGGUGUGGUGGGGCCCAAAGAGGAAAUGAUCCGGCAUUGCUACUCAGAGAGCACCGACAUGUUCAGCGGACCUGAUUUCGUGAAAAUGAUGGUUCUCGAUGGAUGCUUCAUCAUCGAGCUCCUCCUUCGAUGGGUAAGAUCUGAACUGUCUGAACCCGACUACCGCCUACGCAAAGAUCCAUUUUAUGCUCCUGUGCACGAACUUCUAGGAUCCGAACAGGAUGAUCCCCUAUUAAGAAAUUCGUACUUGUUCACUUCUCUUGUGCGGGACCUUCUACGGCUUGAGAAUCAGGUCCCGUACUUUGUUCUGGAGGAUUUGUUUGCAAUCACGAAUGUUUCGAAAGUAAAAUUUACCUUGGUCGAUCUUGCCUUCCGUGUCUUCAGUUGCUAUCUGAAAGAACCUUACAGUGGCUGGAAAAGACAGGGCGAUAAUCACAGUGUGAGCGAUGUUGCCCAACUCUUCCGUGAUGUCUGCAAGGAUGCUUCUUGUGAUAGCCAGGCGGACUAUCUAGAAGAGAUUGGAAUCAAAAAAUGGUAUACCCCAUAUCGUAUGUGGAAAGCACUCGUGAAAGAAGUAUAUUUUUCCAAUCCAGAGGUGUCUAUUUCGGUGGUAACUCUUCUAGUGACGCUUACAGGCGUGAUUCAAACGGUGUAUGCUCUGUUGCAAUACUAUCAGCCCAAGUAG